AUGGCAGUACCACGGACAAGGUUGCUGGCCAAUGUGGUCGACCAGGCAGCCGAGCAAGACCCGGACAGACCGUUUGCUGUUAUCCCGCAGGGGUUGGAGGUUGCUGAUGGGGUCCAAAAAAUGUCAAUGAGGGACCUUGCUAACGCUGUGAACUCUCUAUGCCGAUGGAUUGACAAUGAAAUCGGGUCAUCUAGCCCCCGAGAAGUCUUGGCCUACAUGGGAAGCAAUGAUGUGCGAUACUGUGUUUUCAUUAUAGCCUGUCAGAAAACUGGACAUAAGCUCGAUGACGUUGACAAAGAAUACUAG